GAGUUAUCUUUCACAGCAAUCGUAGCGUAUUUAUCUGGCCAAGAUGAGAGGGACUGAUAGUCACUGAACGCCUGAUACAUAUUUACUUCACAUUGGACUAAUCAGUGGAGUUAUUAGAAGGGUGCGUUCGUGUAAACCUCCCCAUCUCUCCACGGAAAGGGUGCGUUCGGUUAGAGCAGUUUUUUUCCCUCCACCGAUUGGGGACCCGCCUACCCAUUAGAGGCGCCUGCACGUUAAACUGAGUUUGACCGUACGAGGAUUUGAUUUAUCGCGUAGCAACUAUUGUUUUGACAGACUUGAGUGGAGACUUCAGUGUCGCCCUUCAGAAUCUUGCCGUGUGUGAAGCAGUACAUUCUUUCGGAGUACUGAAAUACUACGCACAUUUUUUCAAUAGCCGUUCGGAGUACCUUUAUUACAUUGAGAUACACAGUGAUCAUAUUUACUGGAAUAUUGCAUCCUUUGGUCUUGGUGUGUCCCCCCGACCAUGAGGAGAUCCGGUGUGUAUAUUGUCAAUGAACCAGCCGAGGACCCACCCAGUGCAGAGAACGGAGGACCAGACCACGUGUACUUAAACAAAAUGUCGGAAGAAGGUGAGAACGGAAUGGGGGAGGAAAUGAUGAACGAUACAGUUGGACUUCCGGUUGAGGCGUCCACACCCACACCAAAGAAAUCCAAAAGGAUUCGUCUCCCCUCCGUAUACAGAUCGUCAUUGGUGAAGCUGUUGUGUGGCCUGUACGCUCUGAUAAUUGUUGUUCUCGGGAUAGUGUUUUCUACUGCCACGUCGCUGACCGCCAGGGAGCGCCAUCAUCAGUUCUAUUUAGAGGUAUUUCUGGUGUACUUGUAUGUAUUCUCACUCGGGUUGUUGAUAUAUUUCCAACUUGGCCUUCUAAGUGGGGUCAAGGUUAAAAACAAUUAUUAUGAACCUAACAUCCGGAUAUCAGUGCGCAAUGACGGAAGUAUCCACAAGUCACCAACUGCGUCGCCAUAUCCAACGCGCGCAGCCGACGCUGGAGCGAACAGGUCGGAGGAGGUUCAGCCUCUGGACCAAAGCAAGGCAGAACAGGUUUCUGUUGGAAGUUUUCAUAGUCAUAUGGAGCUGCCUUCCCCCGGGGGCGUGGCACACGCAGGGGAGGGCAUCAAUUUCUACCUCAGACUGGGUGCACUUGCAUUCGCCUGCGGCAGUGUGAUCCUGGACGGGUUCCACAUCGCCACCUACUUUGAGACGCAGAUGACAGAAGAAUGUAAAAGUCCCAUCUUCAUCUUCGUUUACGUCAUGCAUCUCCUCUUCACCUUCGUCCAGACGUUCUUCCUCUUCAAAAACCAUAAGUUGGUGAUUGACAAGGCAAAGCCUCUUGUCCGAUUUGGAAUGAUGCACCUGAUGGCCACUAACUUGUGCGUUGUCAUCGUUACUGCAAUCACGGAAACAGCCGAAGAUUACCGACAGGAUUACUUCAACAACCUGUUGAAAUACCAAGAACUCAACAAUAUAACACCAAAGGAUAAUAUUACUGGAAGCUGCUACAGACAGGAGACACUCGCCCGAUCUGCCUCUCCCUACCUCUUCCCCAGUCUUAUCAUCUACAGUAUCAUCGCAGCUGGCAUCAUCUACCGCCUCUACCAGUACAUCGGCGUCAGGAUCAAGCAGAGGUGGCCCAGUCAUACCUCUCUGACCAGCUCUGUACCGGCAGGGGCCGCUGCGAUCGACUGUGAAAAGGCCAACAAGGGACUGUUCCUAGGUCUCCUGGUGGCCGUCCUCACUCUCAUCGCCAUGGCAAUCUUCUUUGUGUUCGACACGAGGGUAGAAUCACCUGAUAACGCAAUUAAAGUCUUCUUCACCACAGAGAUCAUCCUGAUGGUCAUCACAAGUGUCGGCAUUGUCUGGGGAUACAUGCGUCUGUCAAUCCUGAAGUUCCUCAAGACCAUCUUCUUCUCAGUUGAUUCGGUAUUGUUGCUUGUGGCGCUAUCAGGGUCUUACAUCUACCUGUGUUUUACACUGAUCUCUGUUUUCUCCUUCUGCUCCGAAAUGGGGACGGAUACCAUCAAAGGUAUCCUCAGCCUUGUCACGAUCGCCCUAGCCAUUUGCCAGAUCACUCUUCAGACCGUCUUCAUCCUCGAUGGCCUCUGUCGUUGUGCUGAGAAUGACGAACAGAUGAUGGCCAAGCCCGGUCGGGCGGUCGUUACCUUCCUUCUCAUCUGUAACCUUGCCAUGUGGAUUGUCAGUAUGUUCGAGAUGAAGAAGACAAAGGUGGUCGAAAUGCAUGAAAAUUUCUACGGAAUUCUGGCAUGGAAUAUCAUCAACCAUCUUUGUGUUCCUCUACUUAUCUUCUUUAGGUUUCAUUCAGCCAUCUGUCUAUCCAAAAUAUGGUACAAUGCCUACCAGAAGGAAAAGAUACCAUAAAGCCUUAAUAUGUGGAACCUUGGAUUAUUUUUGACAAUCCUUGUCUUGUGAGAAUAUCAGGCAGCUCUACAACUGUUGAUUGGAAUAUCUCUUAUAGACCACUCGUGUUGUGGUGGCGUGUAUUUCCAAAAAGCAGGGAUCAAAAUGAAAUGUGGAAUCCAUAAUCCCCAACUGCCUUUUGAGAUUAAGAACUUCAACAAUAAGCACAACUGUAUCAUAUGUAUUGUCAAAGUUGUGCUUGUGAAUGUCUUCACACGUGAAUUUUCGCUAAUGACACUUUGUGUUACACAAGUGAUGUGACGCCUAAUGGGUGCAAUGACGUCUGUGUUGCAAUGCUCAACAAUUUUGGAUGUAUUAUUCAGUAUAAAAUAAUUUAUGCAUAAACGACUGUUUCCACAGGUCGCUUAAGGCAACGUGGAAUUAUGGGAUAUAUAUAUACGGAGGAUUAUGAACGGUGCAACAUUGGGGAAUCUCAGAAUGUUCGAACUACAAUUUACCUUGUAGAUUUGUUCGAAGUGAAAAGCAACUCCAGACACGUGGAUAUGGAUUUUAUGCUGUUUCCGUUGUAUGAAAAACGUAUUGGACCUACAAAGGAUUUUAAAUGCUGUUGAGAUGCAUUAUUUCCAUAGCACAAAUGAUUCUUAAGGGAUUACGUGUUUCGCCAUGAAGAUAUGGACGAAUGCUGUAGAUAUCGUGGUGAUGAAGUGUUGAUCAACAUCUAGCCAAUGUCGUUACGAUAAUGUCGUCACAACAUGGACAUUUCGUGUCAAUAUACGAAUGUGUCAAUGAAAUAUUGUAGGAAUACUUUAUAAUGAUUGUCACGUGUCCAUUCUGUGGCAUUGUGACGUCAAUACGUUCUGCUUUAGACGGUUUAUCGACAUAUAUUUACACAUAUUUGCCAUUUCUGACAUUGUGUUCACAAAUUAUUGACAAUGUGCUCACACAUUGUUGACAUUGUGUUCACACAUUGUUGACUUUGUGCUCACACUUUGUUGACAUUGUGCUCACACAUUUUAACACUGUGUUCACACAUUGUUGACGUUGUGCUCACACUUUGUUGAAAUUGUGCUUGCAUAUAGUUGGCAUUGUGCUUACACAUUUUAACACUGUGUUCACAUAUUGUUGACAUUGUGCUCACACAUUGUUGACGUUGUACUCACACAUUGUUAACAUUGUGUUCACACAUUGUUGACUUUGUGCUCACACAUUGUUGACGUUGUGCUCACACAUUGUGAACAUGGUUGUAGGGACCAGGUGUAAUAUCCGUCGUCUGAUUAAUUCACCAGCACACAGAUCACAUCCUCUCUUCAGAAAAGUAGGAAUUUAAGUCUUAAAAUGCUUCAUAUGUCAUUGUGCGUGUGUGUAUUAUACGAAUGCAUUUGUCUCCGUUCGGAUGCAAGUUGAAUCAGAAUAUAUUUAUAUUUAUUUCUAACUUAUCCCUAAUUGAUAUAUUUUAGAACUGAAUAUUUUCAAAAUCUUUGAUAUCGAUAUUGAUAAGAGAGACUACCGAACACGUUGAAUAAGUGUAUAUUAUAUAAGGAAAAAUAAACAAAUUGAGGACAAGAUUGUCUUUUCAUUAAAUCUCGAGACUGCAAUGAUUUCCAAUUGAUAACAUUUCUUUAUCAACUAAUAUUGCGUUUUUUUCAUCUAAUUUCUGAAAGUAAUUCAUAUUGUCGAAACCUUUUGCAAUUUUUUCUUUAAAUAACUUGCUCGCGGAUAUUUUAUCCUUACUAAUGAGACACCAGGUACGUAAUGUUUUCGUUACACACCUGAAAAAAGUAGUUGUAUUCAAGACCCACGGGGUAAAUAUCCAUGUGGAUAAAUACCUCGUAAAAUGAUAAUUAUUUAUACAAAUCUUUCAAGUGAUAUGAAGCUCUGGAGGUAUCUUUGAUAAUGAUUUUUAUCACAAAGAAGUCAUGUUCAUAAGAGCGUUUAUCGAUUAUCGAUUACUAGGGUAGAAUAUAAAUUUACUUCAUUUCGGUUUCAUUCUGUUCUAUUCAUUUCAGCAUACUGUAUAUUUUGAAAUAUUCGCGGGGAUUUAAUUUCGCUACAUUCUUUCUUUAGAUAUAUCGCGAAAUUAAGAUACAAGGCAAAAUUAGAAUUAACAUAAAAACAGAGAAGUGUUUGCUACAUAAUGUUUACAAGGCAUGAUUGUGCGAAAUAUAAUAUCCGCGAACUAACUAGCUUCGACUGGCAUAACCGCGAAAAAAGCUCUGCGAAUUUUAACAAAUAUACAGUAUGCUGAAAAAACCGUGAAAGAUUCCAUGUCUAAAUUCAUCUUUGUAGUAUCAACCCAUCAUGUGUAAUUCAUGAUAUGACGUCGAGGGACCUACAGUUCCGACAAAUCUGGAAGAUCUGGAAUUACUGCUUGUCUCUUUUCUUUUUCUUUUUCUUUUUGAGUGCUAUAUGUUCCUUGUACCUUGGGAUCAAUUUGUCCUACAAACUUGGUUUUAUCGUAAUUCGUUAAAAGUCUCAAUUUUCACUCGUUAAUGUGUAUGCAUUAUUGUACAUAACAAUAGAUCAUUAAUUUAUUUAUUGAAUAGACAUAGAAAACGUCCAGGACGUGCCUUAAAUAAUUAAUAUCAUCAUAUUAAUUUAGUUGUCAUAAUUAAUUAAUGAUUUGAUAUCCAGUAUGUUUUUACUAAUUGAAAACAAUUAUUUCAUCUUAUAACUGGAAUCUAUCUCUUUACAUAUGAUAAUCUGGUAACAACAUCUGUAUAUAUUUGUUAAGUACAGCAAAUAACAGCAUGAAAUAGUUGGGUUCCCAAUCCACAACUAGACCAUUGAUAUCGGAUGUUUGGGAAUUGAGAAAAAGAAAAUAUCUGUAUUAAUGAAUUUGUUUAUUUGCUGGGCUUAUCGUCCCGUGAACAGAGUCAUUUCAAGACAGUGCCUCCCUGUAGUAGUUGGUGAUUAUCUCAUUAAAUGAUAUGGAGACCCGUCGUAUGCCAUCCAGAGCAAUUACAGUAAAAUGUCUUGCUCAAGGACACAAACACGACACUACCGACCGGUUCGGUUCUCAGAAUCCUUAUAAACACAAACCGGCAUGGGUAGGGAGCGUCGAAUGGAUCUUGACUUGGACUUGAGUGUGACUCUGUAUUCGGACCGGAUUACCGAAUCUGCAUUGUUUAUGAUUCGAAUUAUAGAAAUUUUCAAAGUAUGAAUGUUCAAUGAAAAUUACUUUGAUUUGGUGCUAUACUUGUCGCAUAUAAGGAUUUUUUCUUCAUGUCCUGGCAAGAUAUCUCUCAAAAUAUUGGUAUUCCAAGACGAGGUAUUUUGAUAUAUAUUUAUAUAUAUUUACAUAUAAAACAUUUAUAGGUAUAUAUUUAUGUACAUUUGUAUUGUACAUACAUUAAUAGAUGUAGAACAGUCCGUCUUACCUCUGUUGUCCAAUGUAAGGAUCCCUUUUUCCGUUAGGUGAACUGUUUUCAAAUCAAGCAUUUAAAUGAAGUCAUAAAACGUAACGGCAUAUGAAACUAGAUGUACAAUGGACUACAUUCAAAGCAGUGUUUUGUGGUUUCUUGAUUACAGAACCCACGUUUUGUAUUUUUGUAUGACAGCGAAUAUCGCUUACCUGUAAAAUCACAGGUUUUGUAUGUUUUUGUAAUUUGUAAUUUUUUCAUAUACGAAUGAGAAACUAUCACGUAAAAAAGCAUUUCACAAAAGUUCUUCAAGCUAUAUUUUCAUAUCAAUUGCUAAGCGUUUAGAAUUGACAUUUUAUGCCAUCGAGUGAUGUUUCCUGUUUUGAUAAUUGCUUUCUGUGUUUUUCUUUGAUAGAACCAUGAUGAUUUUUAAAGGACAAAGAUUUAAAAUAGUAUUUCCUGGAGACAUAAUCUCUUAUACCUUCUUAAGAGAUCCUUAUGGAAAAUAGUCUAUGCAACUUUGAACAUUGGCACAAAAGGGGCAAUAUUGUAAAAUAUGUAUGUUAUGUGUAAUUAUGAAAAAAUAUGCAUAGGUAGACUUUUUGUAGAAAUAAAGUAUUUAUACCAUA